AUGGAGGACAGUGACCAACCGAGUGAUCAGGGAGAAGCUCUCCCUCCCAAGGUAGAGGCCUUUGCCAUCGCUGGCGACACCAUCCAGGCGGUAGGGACACUGGAGGAGGUCUUUCGCCACGCGGGGCCAAAGACCCAAGUGAUCUUUCUGAACCAACAGACCCUGAUGCCGGGAUUCAUUGAGCCCCACCAGCACGCCAUCUCCUGUGCCCGCAUGCGGGGCCAGUACAUCAACAUUGGUGCUGUCACCUACAGCUCUUAUGAGGAAAUCCGUACUGUGAUUGAGAGCAAGGUGAGCGAACUCGCUGCAGCCCCGAACAACACCGGCAUCGGAAUUUUCUUCGGCUGGGAUCCCGAGCUGAUUUCUGACCUGCCGCAGCUGAGCGCCGACUUCCUGGAUAAAUUCUCUGUGACCGUUCCAGUCCUGGUGUGGGGACAGAACGGCCACGUUGCCUGGGCAAACCAUGCGGCCCUGGCAGCAGCAAACAUAAACAGCACCACCGAAAAUCCUCCCGGCGGGAAAAUCGUGAAAGAUCGUCACAACAAUCCUACCGGUCAGCUUCUGGAGUUACCGGCCACCUUGGCAGUGGUCAAUUUAGCGCCUCCAAUGGACGCCCAGGCCUUCGCCCGCGCCUUAACAGACCAGUGGAGAGUCUAUGCUUCGGCCGGCUUCACCACAGUGACCGACAUGCUGUACUCUCCCAUGCCCGGCCUCGACGAGGUGUUGAGAAGGUCUACAGACGCCCAUGACUUCCCGCUCCGUCUUGCGGACGGUAUUGGCAAUUACAGCUCCAGGCUUUGGGAGGCUGGCAUCAAGAUGAUAGCCGAUGGCUCCCCGCAUAGCGGCACCUUGGCCGUCCGCGAGCCCUAUCUGAACACCCCGCUGACCGAAACCCUGGGCUUCCCUGAGCCUCCGGGCUACGGCAUCCUGAACAUGGAAACGCAGGCUCUCCACGAUACCAUCAGGCGGUACCACCAGGCAGGGAAGCAGAUGUCGAUUCAUGCCCACGGGGAGCGAGCAAACGACCAGGUCCUCAAGGCUUAUGAGCAAGUCCUGGCCGAGUUCCCUAACCAGGACAACCGGCAUCGCAUGGAGCAUCUUGGCCUGAUGACCGUGGACCAGAUUAGCCGCGCCGGCAAGCUCAACUUGGCGCUUUCCUUCUUCGUAGAUCAUCUCCGCUUCUACGCCAAGGUCUACUCGACGGAUAUCUUCGGAUCUGAACGCGUCAACCGCUGGACUCCACUCUCCGCGGCCACUAAGAAUGGAAUAACAUGGACCAUCCACCAGGACCAUCCCGCCUUUCCUGGGGAGCCCUCGCCAUUUGCCAACAUGAAGACAGCCGUCACUCGCUGCACCAGGGACGACCCCAACACUCCCUACGGCCCGGAGUACCGCGUCUCUAUCCACGAGGCCCUGAAGGCCUACACCGUCAACGCGGCCUGGCAGCUUCACCUGGACCAGACGGUCGGGAGCAUCAAGGUUGGCAAGAAGGCCGACCUCGUUGUUCUCUCAGACAACCCGUACGAGGUGGACCCGUUCGACUUGGAGCGCAUCCGAGUCAUUGAGACCUUCGUGGACGGCCGGCGCAACAACCUUGCCAAAUUGAAGAAAUUGAGAGACACUGACUUCCGUGUCCUUUAUCGCCCUCUGGAGUCCUAA